AUGGCAGGUUCUUUCGAAAUCAAGAAAAACUGGCUGGAAAUAGCGGACUUCCUUCUGGACCAAGGUGCCUGUCUUGAGGCCCGCUCGGGAUGGGAGGACAUGACACCGUUGCACUUCGCAGCCUACUUUGAUUGUCCCAAGGUUGCGCAGCUUCUCCUCUGCCGAGGAGCAGACCCCCUGGUGAGGUCCGCGGCGUUGGAAGGCGCAACACCGCUUCACAUGGCUGCCGCUCAACUCUCCCUCAGCACUGCCCGUUUGCUGGCCCACGUGCCGCUGUCGGUGGGGCUGCCGGGUGAACCGAAUCCCGACUUCGCGCCGCUGGAAUCCCCUCUCACGUGCAAGGAAGCCCUUGACGCCUGUUUGCGCACACCCUACGCUUCUAUGACCCAUGUUGAUUGCCUUUUGUGCGUAGAUUGCCUCCCACCGGCUGGCGAACUGCCCGAACCCCUCUCCAGCAUGCGCGAUCGCCUGGCCGAACUCCUCGGUCCACCCGUCGACUCAAAAACUAAGCAGCAGGUACGCUCUUGCACUCUGUUUCUUCACGCACCUGCCUUAAUCGUGGCUAAAAGACGCUAUUACGUGGUUGCCUUGUUGCAGCUCGUGUUUCUUGGAGCUGGAUGCUCUCCUUCGGAAUACCGCGUACUGCCUGCCUUGCAACACGUCUACGUCCAUGCCGAUCACACGAAUCCCGGCGGAGGGUUGUCUCCGGUGGUAGGGGGCAUUCGAUCGGCGGCCACUUUAAACGCCAGCGCAGACCCCACUAGGAAAAUGAGCGAAGGAGAUAAGAGGAGAAUGCCCAAUGACAUAUCAGGUUCCCUAUUCAGUGGACUUCUGGCCCCUGCCUGCAGCGCUACGGAAGUAGCUGCUCCCAUGCCUGCCGAAACUGGAGUACUCUCGCCCCGAAGGCCGCGACGAACAACGGUGGCGUCCACUGAACCCAAUACUCCAUUCGCUUCUCCUUCAAGGAGUGGAGCAAGUGUCGCGUCUCCCCCUCUCCUCCAUCCUCCUCCGACCUCGACGCAGAUCAAUCACCCCGUCCCGACUACCUCCAACGUCUCUGCGAAGGUCACUCUUCAAGCCAUGGGCCUCGCGAUUGGCGACCGAGUCUGCGUGGGCCCCGGCAGUUCCGCUUCCGCGUCUGGCGGGACUGCUCCCUCCCCGAAACCCACAACCAGCGGAAGGAUGGGGCGCUUGAGGUACUGCGGUCCUGUGGAGUUCGCCUCGGGCAUCUGGGUGGGCAUCGAGUUGGACGAGGCGUUUGGCAAGAACGACGGCAGUGUUAACGGGGUCACCUACUUUGAGUGUACAGAGAAGCACGGUAUAUUCGCUCCAAUAGGUCGAGUGUACAAGGUCAGCCGUUCCAGCGGCCAGGUUCGACCCUUUUGCGUGGAACCGAACGGAAAGCGGGCUACACCGACUCCUGUGCAGAACACGCCCAUCGACGUCUCGCACGUCGGCGCCAAAGUCGACACUGGUAAAAUCAGCUUGCACAAAUCGGUUGCACUCGACGACAUUAAGAUCGGUGACAAGGUCUUGGUAGCGGGCCUUCGGCGUGGAAUUGUUCGCUUCAUUGGGGAAACUCAAUUCGCCCCAGGUGUUUGGUACGGCGUUGAGUUGUCAAAGGCAGUCGGGAAAAACGACGGCUCCGUAGAUGGAGUGCGAUAUUUCACUUGUGAGCCAAAACACGGUGUCUUCGCCCCUGUUCUCCGUCUUCAAAAGCUUCCAUCUCGAAACCGGCCUGCGAGCAACGACAACCUCGACAUGAGCCAAUCAGUGCACGCCGAUUUUUUGCGAGACUGGUCCUCCUCGUGUGCCAAGUGUCCAAUGACCCCGGAGAGCGGUCAUCGGAGGUCUCCCAGCGCGGGUGUUGCCACCUCGUCGAUGUACGCGGACACCUACGCCUCUCUCGGGCGGAUGCGGCCGGCAGCAGCCCUUUCGAGGGGCGCGGGUCGGACAGGCGCGAGCGACAGGCCGGCGCCGGAGGACUUCUGUCUCCAAAUUGGAAUGCAAGUUCUCUGCACCGGCGAGCUUGGCACCCUUCGUUACAUUGGCCCCGUUGAUUUUACUGACGGGCUGUGGCUGGGCGUUGAGUUGCGCGGUCCUCACGGCAAACACGACGGGGCUGUUGCGGGCCGCCGUUACUUCACGUGCCCGCCGAACCACGGGGUCUUGGUUCGACCCUCUCGCGUCACCUUCCGCGGAAUCAGCGCCGCGAAGCUCCUCCCGCCGAGUUUGGCCGCCACUUUCGAACGCCCCUCGAAGGGGGGGGAGGCCCUGGACACGCGGUCUGUCCGGAGUCACCCCUGA